GGAGAAUCCAAGAACAUGGUGGUGAAUGGCAGGAGAAGUGGAGGCAAGUUGUCUGACCAUCAGCAGAACCAGUCCAAGUUCCAGCCCGCAGGCAAGGACGCCCUGAAGGCAGGCAGAAACGCGGUGGACAGGAAGUCCAGCAGAUCGCCUUUCCUUCGAGGAGCUCGCGGCACUUCUCAAAGUCGGACAGUUUCCCUCACAGCAACCCCGUGAGGUGCAGAAGGAGCGAAGAGCCAUGGUGCCUCCUCUCGGCGUCUCCAGACUGUCAGUUUGCAGCUAAACUUGAUUCAGAGGGGAAAUGUGUUCACUGUUGCCUCGUCGUUUGCUUACUUGAUGUCUUAAGUACUGGCGUGUUUGUCUCCUCUCUGCCGUCCCCCUCUGUCUCUUCCUCUUCCCCUCCCUCCAGUCGGCUCUCGGUGUGUGUGCUAGAGGAGGGCACAGUAGUGCAGCUAACACAGAUCUGCGCUUUUCCUCGCUGCCACAGUGGUCUCGGGUUUGGAGACAGAAAAACAAAAUAGCAAGGAAGCCUGGGAAGUCAGUCUCUGGAAAGAGUGGGGACCAGGUGUGUGGGAGUGUGAAUUUUUUUUUAUCCUCCUUUUAAUAAUAACUGAUUGUAAGUGACAUUCUUAAAAUUUCUGAUAUCAGCCAUUGAUCAGAGAUGUGGGAAGAGAAAAAUAAAUAUUUGGUUUAUUUGAAGUAUUAGAUAUUGUAUUAAAAAAGAGGGAGGAGGGGACAUACUGAUUUGAAAAUGUUGGGGCUACCAUUGUGGCCUAGCAGGUAAAGCUGCUGCCUGCCGCGCCCGCAUCCCACGUGGGAGCCAGUUUAUGUGGAUCCUGGCUGCCCCCUUUUCCAUCCAGCUCCUUGCUCAUGGUCUGGGAAAAGCAGCAGAAGAUGGCCCAAGUGCUUGGGUCCCUGCACCCAUGGUUUCUGGGUGGCCCAGCCCCAGCUGUUGUAGCAACAGCACUAGGCAAUAGAAGAUCUCUCUGUCUCUAGCUGAAGAUCUGACUUUCAAAUAAAUAAGUAAAUCUUUUUAAAAAAUUAAAUUCAAGGUGCCAGCUCUGUGGCAUAGUAGGUUAAACACAUGCCUGUGUUGCCGGCAUCCCAUAUGGGCGACAGUUUUAGUCCUGGCUAUUCCUCUUCCGAUCCAGCUCUCUGCCAUGACCUGGGAAAGCAGUGGAAGAUGACCCAAGUCCUUGGGCCCCUGCACCCACGUGGGAGACCUGGAGGAAGCUCCUGGCUCCAGAUCAGCCCAGCCCUGGCUGUUGUGGCCAUUUGGGGAGUGAACCAGCGGAUGGAAGACCCCUCUCUUUCUGUCUUUCCCUCUCUCUGUCUGUAACUCUGCCUUUCGAGUAAACAAACCUUAAAAAGGAAAGAAAAAGAAAUUCAAGAGAUAAGCAGUUUACUAAAAGUUUUUUAGAAGUGCCAGAUACCUGUUCCUGCCUCCCUUGCUGCUUCACCCCAGAUACCAAAUUUAAAACUUCGUGUGUGCUUGCAUCCCCUCCACUGUGUUGUCAGUGUACAAGCCAGAGAGCCAGAACCACCUGGGCGCAGCCCUGGUGUUCAAACCAUGGGGCAACACGGGGGCUCUCGAGGCCAGGGCAGCAAGGCCUUGCAGAAGUCCCGCCAUCUGUUCAUGAGCCAUGCGUGCUGCUGCUACCAAGUAGUAGUAAUGCCAGCUGCUGUGUGCGCUGGGCCUGCUCUGCCUCGUUGUGGAGCAGAGGGUGACAGCCAGGAGUGUGUCCUGCUCUGCGGACAGCUUCAUGGAAUCUGAGAGAUGCGGAGCAAGUGCGGUUGAGAAGAGGGUGUCUUAUUCAGCAAUAGAAAGUUACUUUUUUCUAAGGCCCUCAGUGGCUCUUGCUCUGGCCUUAGUAACUAUGACAGUCUUAUGUUAAACAGUUUCUCUUUUUCACAAAAUUUGUUGCAGUGGGAUGACUUGAUUGCCAGCCAGCUGCUUUUUAUACUCGUCUACAAGAUGAUUGAAAACCUUACCUUCCUCCUGCCUGUCGGCACCGUAACUGCUCUCUUCCUUCCCUCCCCGUCAUUUCACAUGGCAGCCAUCUCCGACUAUUUAGGCCUAUUAAAGGAAGACAAGAAGAACUAAAAGAAGUAAUAGAGCGUUUUAAGAAGGAUGAGCACUUGGAGAAAGCCUUCAAAUGUUUGACAUCGGGCGAAUGGGCACGGCACUAUUUUCUCAAUAAGAACAAGAUGCAGGAGAAGUUAUUCAAGGAACACGUAUUUAUUUACUUGCGAAUGUUUGCGACUGAUAGUGGAUUUGAAAUACUGCCUUGUAAUCGAUACUCAUCAGAAAGAAACGGAGCCAAGAUAGUUGCAACAAAAGAGUGGAAACGAAAUGACAAAAUAGAAUUACUGGUGGGUUGUAUUGCCGAACUUUCAGAAAUUGAGGAGAACAUGCUACUUAGACAUGGAGAAAACGACUUCAGUGUCAUGUAUUCCACAAGGAAAAAUUGUGCUCAACUCUGGCUUGGUCCUGCUGCGUUUAUAAACCAUGAUUGCAGACCUAACUGUAAGUUUGUGUCAACUGGUCGAGACACAGCGUGUGUGAAGGCCCUUAGAGAUAUUGAGCCUGGAGAAGAAAUUUCUUGUUACUAUGGAGAUGGGUUUUUUGGAGAAAAUAAUGAGUUCUGCGAGUGUUACACUUGUGAAAGACGGGGAACUGGUGCUUUUAAAUCCAGAGUGGGACUGCCUGCGCCUGCUCCUGUUAUCAAUAGCAAAUACGGACUCCGAGAAACAGAUAAGCGCUUAAACAGGCUUAAAAAGUUAGGUGACGGCAGCAAACACUCAGACAGUCAGUCCGUCAGCUCUAACACUGAUGCCGAUACCGCUCAGGAAAAAAGCAAUGCAACUUCUAACCGGAAAUCUUCAGUUGGUGUGAAAAAGAGCAGCAGCAGAACGUUGACCAGGCCGUCGGUGUCCAGAACUCCGGCUUCCAGCUCUACCUCAUCCAAGCUAACUCAUGUACAUAAUUCCAGGGUACCAAAGAGGCUGAAGAAGCCCGCGAAGCCUUUACUUUCCAGGAUAAAAUUGCGGAAUCAUUGCAAGCGGCUGGAGCAGAAGACUGCCUCGCGGAAGCUCGAGGUGGGGAACCUCGUGCUCAAAGAACCCAAGGUGGUCCUCUACAAGAACCUGCCCAUGAAGAAGGGGGAGCAGCCGGGGGCGCCGGGGCAGGCCGCGGCUGCGGGGGGGUGCUUGACCAGGCACGCGGCGCGGGAGCACAGGCAGAACCCGGCCCGAGGGACUCGCUGGCAGGGGGAGGCCUCGCCCUGCGCCUACACCACCAGGCGCUCCGUGCGGACGAGAGCCAGUGUGAAGGAGGCCUCCGACACCCCGCCGGAGCCGGCCCCGGGGGACCAGGCGGAGCCCGGCGCGCCCGCGGGCGAGCAGGCCGGGGAGCUGCCCGUGGUGCGGGAAGAGGAGCUGGCGCCUGAGCCGCCGCCGCAGGGAGAAGCAAGGUGCCCGAAGAGCGACGCCAGCCCCUCCAAAAAGAGGGCGCGGCCGGGGAAGCUGGGGAAGCCGUCGGCACAGGCGGAGGAGUGCGCCCCGGCGCGCGACUCGCCUGGACGGGAUGGUGUGGUGCCAGGGCUGGUGGAGCCGCUGCCGGACCCGGGCGAGCACAGCGGCGCGGCUGGGCUGCCCGGCAGCCACGCGGCCUGUGCCGCCCCGGUCGGUGGCUCUGCGGUCGCGCCCGACGGCUUCAGAGCGAGAGACGGCUUCCGGCCUGCCAAGAGCAAGAAGAAGCGGCGGCCCACGCGCUACGACGCCCAGCUGGUCCUGGAGGACAGCUCCGGCAUCCCCAAGCUGACCCUGCGCCGGCGCCACGACAGCAGCAGCAGGGCGAGCGAGGAGAAGGACGCGGUGAGCGCGUCCAAGAUCAGCAUCAAGCUGAGCAAGGACCACGAGAGCGAGAACAGCCUGUACGUGGCGAAGCUCAACAACGGCUUCGGCGCCGGCUUCGGCGCGGGCCCGGGCGGCGGCGCCACCAAGCUCAAGAUCCAGCUGAAGCGGGACGAGGAGGGGCCGCACGAGAGCCGCCUGUGCUGCAGCGACCCCCUCUCGCUGCUCGAGUCGCGCGUGGGCGUGGGCGACUACGGCCAGUACGAGGAGAGCGCCGGGGACUCGUCCUCCGCGGCGGGGGACGAGGACGAGUCCGAGGACGACUUCGAGGACGACUUCAUCCCCCUCCCUCCCGCGAAGCGGCUGAGGCUCAUCGUGGGCAAGGACUCCAUAGACAUCGACAUCUCCUCGCGGAGGAGGGAGGACCAGUCUCUGCGGCUGAACGCGUGAGCGCCGUCGGGCCGGCCGCAGCGACCGCAGGGCUGCAGCGUGCUGCCCCACGUCUGGCCCGUGCGCAUCUCGCCGUACUUCCUACGUCGCCUUCUUACGUGCAAUUCCGAAUUAGAGGUAGAGCCCUGUUGUAAAAAUGAAGGCUCCAGCAAACUGUGCAGUGACAGCAACUUUCCACACAGGACGCUGGAGCAGUGACGGGCUGCACCGUUGUGUGUGAGCGCAUCAGCUGACCUGUAACGUGACUAAACUGACUCAGAUCCUGAAGGCGGCGUCUUGAGGUUUCUAGUAACGCUCGGAUCACCAGCAAUGACCUCUGGCUCUUCGGUGUGUUUGCUCCGUGUUCCCCGGGUGGAGUUUGGUCAGUUUCACACUGUCUGGGGCCCAGGUGUACUGCGCGUGGCCUUUGUUAACACAGCAAGCCAUUGGUUGGAAGUCAAAUUGAUUUCUUUAAAAACCAAAAAAAAAAAAAGAGAAGAAAAAGAAAGCCCCGCGUGACAACCUGACGGCACGUGACGGGGCGGGCGCAGUGUGCAGCCGAGUCAGCGCUGCGUAUUUAUUGCUUGUCAUGUAAAUUAAAGACCUUGUAUUUAACACUUUUCAACCCUUUUAGAUAAAAUUGUUCUUUGCAAGAAUGAUUGGUGCUUAUUUUUUCAAAAAUUUGCUGUGAACAAUGUGACGGCGACAAGCGACAUUCACCUAAUGAACUCACAGCUGUCUUGAUUUGGUUCUCUGAGUUUUCUGUUGCACUUGUAAAAUGCUACAAGGAAUAUUAAGAAUCUAUUCACUUUAACUUAUAAUAGUUUAUGAAAUAAAAACAAGAGUCACAGCUUUUGUUCUGUGGUAACCUAUAAAAAUGUUUUGUCUGAAAUUCAGUGUAAAGAGCUGAAAACGAUGUACAUGUUGUAAAUAUUUGUGUGUUGUGAGAACUUUUUGUCAUAAGAAAUUAAAAGAACUUACCAGGAAGGUUUUUAAGUUUAGAAAUAUCCAUGCCAAUAAAAUAGGAAAUUAUAAAUAUAGAGUUCUAAGCACUGCAUCAGUGGGAGUUCUUGGCUUAUGUUAAUUAUGAAAAUAUCAAAGAUUUUUUGACUAUAUUAUCAGUUAAAAAGAGGAGUCAGAUUUAAUCUGUUUUUUUGAAGCACUUUGAGAAAUGUUUAAUUUAAUGAGCAAAUUUUUGAUUACUACUUAUGUUCAGUACCAGGCUCUCAUUUCUCUGGUUUAUUUUACAAAUCGUUGGACAAAGAAUCGGGGAUUUAGAACCGUAAGGGCUGCUUGACCCCAGUGGGCCCCCUCGUCCUGGGCGUGGGCACGUGCGGGCUGGCGCCCAGGGCCGCUGGCUCCCAGGAGCGGGGGGCAGCCCUGCAGAGCGCACUCGUCAGGGUCCAGGCAGAACUGAGGUUCGUGGACAGAGUGAGUUCCGGACACGCAGGCCGCUCUCCCGUGGUUCUCCAGGCGUUGUUCUCCAGUGGCCCCCGCCUCCCUGUUUGUCAGGGGCAGUCUGAUUCCUCAGGUAUUGGCUCGGGAGCACGAGGUAGACGGCCCUCCACGCACACACACCCUGACCCGCCUCCGAGGGUCACCCCUGGUGAGGGGCAGCCCCGCCCUCCACGCACCUGGAGCACUUUACAGACCACGUCCAGGCUCCCCGCCUGGGAGACGCGUGCCACCCUAGCCGAGCAGAGCCUGUGUCGGUGGCCCCGAGGACGGCCGCCCACCCCUGCACCUGAUGGGCUGGCAGCGGCGGCCACUGUGGACUUGGCGUCCCGAAGACGUAGUCAGACGCGGCCCGUUUUUCUCCAUCCGUAAGUUUAGCUUUCCUAACUUAUUUAUGAUGUGUGUGUGUGAUGUCACUGUGGCCUCGGCGUUCGAGGCUGCCCCGCCGGAGGUCUCAGAACAGGGACGCUCGGGGACGACAGGCGCCUUCUGGGGAGACCUCAUUUCCGUUCCAGGCAGGGCCUCGCGGCGGCCCGCGACCUGCUGUAGGGCUUCCCCGCGCGGGCCGGAGGAGUCCCCGCCGUGGACCAGGUUGGAAGAGGUUGCGUUCAGUAAAACUCUCAGCUUGAGCUUAUGCAAUGAUUGGUAAAGAUUCUGACCUUGUAAGAAUUAGAAGCGAUCAUAGAAAUCAUCUAUGUAAAGUAUUCAAUUUUCAAUCAUUUUUUCAAAUUGCUGUUUUAAAUUGUUUUUGCUGAGUUGUAAUACUUUUGAGAUACAAUGUAUUCCUUGUACUGAAAGAAUGAAAAAGGACUUUUUCAGCAUUUGAGGUAAGUUCUUUAACGUUUCAUUAAAAACAUUUUUUACAAAUAUUUUGUACAUGCACUUGCAGUAUUGAGGUUAAUCAUUUUAAUAAAUUCGGAAAUUAAAACGA